AGCGCCGCUUAAAAGCCACAGGCGCGCUCCUAUUGGAGCUGCGCCCUGGCUUACCAAGACCCGCCCCCGCACAGCCCCGACUGGAAAGAGAUACAAGGGAACUUGCAGUUGCCCUCGCAGAAGGUGGCGCGUGAGGCUGCCUCCACCCACACCCCAGUCCCGCCAGUUUGUCCGCGCCCCGGUUGCUCGCGCGCUGCCCUCCCUCCUGAGCCCUGGCGCGAGUUCCAGUUCGGACUCCGCGCCGACGCCUAGCCCCGAGGAGGAGGAGAGCCGUCGCGAAAAGCGGGACGGGAAAGAAGCGGCGGGCUGUCCGGGCUUCGCCGACCCGGGAGGGCGCGCCAGCUUUCCUUCGGAGACCGUUUGGGAGCGGAACAACCACCACCCGCGCAGCGACGUCUCUUUCGCCUCCCUUCGCCAUGGGGCUCCCCCUGCUGCGGGGUCCUGCUGCUCUCCCGAGCCGGAGGAUUCCAAGUUAUGUCUUUUGAGCAGCCCAACAACUGUCUAACAGCUGAGACCCUUUGUCUAGCUGAGCCUUCCUGCAGUGCCACCUAUCAGAUCCUGCGAAACUUCCAGCAUCUUUCUAAGAACAGUUACAUCUUUCUACAUGAUGAAGCCAAGAACAGAUGCAUAGAGGCACAAAUAAAAAUGAAAAAUAGUCAUUUUCAGCAUUGCAAAUGUCAUCAUAAGAAGGAAGAGCGUUGCUUGCAAAUCUACCGGGCUGUGUAUUCAACUUUAACACAAGGUUCCCAUAGAACCAAAGAUAUCAAUUCCUGCCUGCUUGCGGCUAAUACUUGCCAAUUGAACCACAAAUGCCUGCGUCAGCGCUCACAAUAUGCUCAGGCCUGCACUACAGGAUACCCAUGUGACAAACGCCUAUGCCACCGAAAUCUGAGACACUUCUUUGAUAAGAUUGGUAUGGAUUUCACCAAGACUCUGUUUUGUCCUUGCCAAGAUGAAGCUUGUGGGGAACGACGCUGGCAAACCAUUGUCCCACAAUGUUCUUUCGUGAGCAGCAGGAAGCCCAAUUGCCUCGACUUGCGGGAUGCCUGCUUAAAGGAUAAUGUCUGCAGAUCUCGGCUGGCUGAUUUCCGAAAAUGCAAAUCGUUACAGACAUUCACAGAUGGCUGCUCUCCACUGAAUUAUGCAGCAUGCCUGCAGGCUUACAUGAAGAUGAUUGGUACGUACAUCUUUGACCCCAAUUAUGCGAGCAACUCCAGUACUGAGAUCACACUUUGGUGUUCCUGUUCAAACAGUGGCAAUCAUAAAGAGGACUGUGAUCGAAUCCUUAACUUAUUUUCCAGCAACAAGUGUUCUCAGUUUCAACCAAUAGCUCAGAAUUUGAGAUCCUCAACACUCCUCCAUAUUCUCUGUCUCACAGAUAAUGCAAUCCAAACUGAGAUGAAUCUUGGCCAAAAGAAUAAGGAGGUGCAGGACCAGCUGCCGCAAUUCACUCCUUCUGUAAACAUUCAAGGAGAUGGCACUAGCACAAUGUUCACUGAAAAACUGUACCAGGUAAGAACUGAGGUGAAGGAGGAGAAGAAAGAUUCAGAAUUCUUACCCUCAACCGAAAAAUCAGCCCCAAAUUCUGAAUAUCCCAGAGCUCAGUUUUCCUCACUCAUCUUGAUCUUAACCUUAGUCUUCUUAUUUCUUGGCCCACCUUUAAUCUAAUAUGAAUUUUAUUGCUACUAUUGUAUAUUUCCUUGAGAAGGGGAAACUGACUUGUUUCAUGCAGAGAGGAAGCAUUGGUCCCUGCCAUAUUUGUUUAACCUUCUAUCAGCACAGUGGCCUUUGACUCAUUUUUGUAUACAGCUGCAGUAGAAGUCAGUGGGGAGAUGAUGUGGAAUUCAGAUACCUCCCCGCCCUGAGAAAAAGCAAGCAGGUAGGAGAUUCUAGGGAACUACUUCUUAAAUCUAAAUCAGGGUAAAAAUUUCAUAUUCUAAAAUAUCCUCUUUAAGAAGACAAAGAACAACUGGUUCAUCCUGGUCUGUUAAAUGAUGUACAAUUUCUGCCAAAGGAAAACCCCAACAUCUGGAUUAUUUUCAGGACUGUUGUAGAAUAGUCUUUUUUAAUCAGCCAAGGCAAAAAUGUUGUGUUAAGGGCAUGAUACGAACGGUAGCCUCUGUACAUGGUUUCUUGUUUGCCCAACUAAUCUUAAUGUGUUAAUUAUACAAGGGAAAUAUAAAUCACCUGAGCCAAGAUGAAUUUAUGUUAUUUUUUUUCAAUAAAAUGCAUCUUCUUUAGCAAUAGCUACAAAGUCCAGCUUUUCACAAGAGUCCGCAUGCAAGCUAAGAUUUUAUGCACAACAGAUUCCUACAUGCAUCAAAUGUUGUUUGCCAUAAGUUAGCAUCUCCUUACAUACCUUUCUGUACCUUGUGUAGAAUUAAAAGUUAUCCAUUGACCUGACAAUUGUGGGUGUAGAAAACUGUUGAUAUUAUAUGUUGUUCUUUUAAACUGCAAUGGUAUGUGUUAAUGCUGUUUAUACAUUACUUAUUUACAUUUCGUAUAUGGACAAUGCCAUGAGAAACCUUCAAGUUUGAAAGAACUAUCAAGUAAAUCCAGUAGUUCUUCGCUGCAUCUCUUUCCUUCUUAUUCUAAAGAACUGGAAUGUGUGGCUGUGAAGUUGCCUGUCAUAUGUGCAAGGAUAAGACUGUGCUGCAUUCCAUAAUGGUGGUUAUUCUAAAACAAGUUGUAAUGCAACAUAUAAUUGUAAUAAUUUUCUACAUCUUAGCAUGUUGUGCACUUUUUUAUGUGGCAUAGGUUGUUGUCUUUGAACUGUGAAGGAUGUGGAGCUUCAUCUUUAUUUACUGUAUGCUUAGUAACAAAAAAGGAAGCCUUAUUUGCAUGGGUUCCUACACCAUUCUGCAGUAACUAUGGCACCUAUUAUGGAAAUUAUAAAAGGAUUUGUCCCACUUUUUAAAUUUGCAAUUAUAUUUGUAAAAAAAAUUGGAAGUUAUGGCUUAUUUUUAAAAAAGGCAAGAAAUGAUGUGUUAUCAGAAGGUAUAUAACAAUAUUAAAUCUUAACAAUUUUUUUAAACCAAUUCUGACUGUAAAAUAAAAUAUUAGAACAUAUUAUAGACUGGGAUUAAGCAUUUGGACUUUUAUACAAAUUCUGAAGAUGGGGGUUACAGAAGUCAUUUAGAUAAAGUAAUAAUUUUGCAACACUAGGAAUAGUCUACAGUUUCCAUUAAGAAAAUAUGACAACAAUGCAAGUAUGGAAAAUCCUAAAAUUAAACUUCGUAAUAAGUAAAAAGGUAAAGAUGAUUUUUUAAAAAUCAUAGUAUUGUUUUCCAUGAUUGACUUUCUGCAGUUAUUACAUUCAUAAUAGAUUUUACAAGAGCUAGAGGUACAACAGCACAAUUACAAAACUGAACAUACUAUCAUGAAUUAAGAAGUAAACUAUAGGUUUCCAGGGUGUGGUCCUGGUAUAGCACCCAUAAACAUCAACAAACUUUGAUGACCUUUCUUUUGUUCACUUGGGUUGCACUUCUGUUUCCUGAGGUCAUGCACACCUAGGGAAAUAAGAAGGCUCAUUUAGGGCUUCUCUCUCCUUCCCCUAGAUAAGAGGAGAAUGUCCCCAUCAUUCCACAGGCCUCAUAUACUUCCUAUGUAUAUGGUAAGUGGGAGAACAAGAUGUUGAAAGGUGUGGUAUUACAACGACCAAGGUCAAUGUGGCAACCUUUUAAGUUACAUGGAUUUCAACUUCCAGAAAUUCUAGUGACUGGAGAAUUCUGGGAAUUGAAGUCCAUAGAUCUUAAAGUUGCCAUGGUUCAGGAACAUUGGCCUGGGACAUACCAGUGAGCAUUUUCAUCUAAAGUAUUGUUCCUCCUCUAUUUACUUGCAUGUUCUAAUACUUAUUUCAUACUUCUUAUAGGUUAUAUUGAUUUUAUUUCAUAUAAUAUGAAUAUAUCUACAACUCCCAUGCCUCUCCUGAAAGGAGAAAUUGCAGAACACUAGAUAUUCCUAAAAUGUAUCAAAUACUAUAGUACAUUGGUCUAGGUCUCUUGGCAAACAUAAAGAAGUGAGAGUAUUCUGAAUUACUGUAAUAAAAAUUCCAAUAUCUUGUACAUGUGAUUCAGCUUAUAAUGUCAAAAUAAAGUUUACUUUACAA